AUGAGCUUAAAACUGUUGAAGCUGAAUAGCCUGAUCAUGUUAAAGUUGAAAAGCUCACCCAUUACCUUGUCUGAAGAACUAGGUCAUUUCUUAGCUGAUGAGCCAAAUCAUGCCUUGGUUGAAGAGCUUGGUCAUUCCUUGGCUGAGGAGCCAGGUCAGGUUGAAGAGUUAGGUCGUUCCUUGGUUAAAGAGCUAGAUCAUUCCUUGGCUGAAGAGCCAAGUUGGCUAAGGAGCCAGGUCAGGCUAAAAAAUGAGAAUAUUCCUCGACUGAGAGUCAGGUCAGGCUGA